AUGGCAACUUUCCGUCCCGUCAACACAUCCCUCGCCCCCGAUUCGCACGUACGAAACGCAGAAGAUAUAACGCCGACUACUCCACGUCCGAGUACUGCGCCGAGCACACAUUCCGCGAUGCACCGAGACGAUGCAACAACUCCAACCCGAGCCAACUUUGGCGCUCUAGCUAGCCAACGCCCUCUCCCAGCAUCCCCAUUCCCAUCCACGAUCUCGAUUCCCGAAAACGAAGAACCGAAAGAAGUCCUACGGCGAGGCGAUUCACAAUAUUCAAACAAAUCGAGAGAUUCAGAAGAUGUAGAUAUGGGUGGAGAUUCGGAAGACGGCGAGGAAGGAUCAGAUGAUGAAAGUGUAAUCAACGCAGAUGGAACGAAAUCUUCAAAGAAAAAGAAGUCGCAAAGAUUUUACUGCACAGAUUAUCCGCCAUGCUCCUUGAGCUUCACCCGCAGUGAACAUCUUGCCCGGCAUAUCAGAAAGCAUACUGGCGAGCGUCCCUUUCAAUGCCACUGCUCUCGUCGAUUUUCACGACUCGAUAACCUAAGACAACAUGCGCAGACUGUUCACUUGAACGAGGAGAUACCACAAGACUCGCUAGCUGCGACGGGUACGAGAUUCCAGCGACAGGUUCGUACGGACAGGGUGCGACCACCCGGAAGUAGAUCGAGAGCAUCGACAACGAAUAGUCAGGGCGGGGGAAGGGGACAUACGCGAAACUCUCUGUCUGCGUCAAGUAUUGCGAGUAUGGGAUCUGUGUCUUCAGCCUACAGCCAGCGAGAUGAUCCGAGAAGAAGACCUCCGCCUUUGGUCAUGGCAGGAGAUUCACGAAAUCGAUUUUCACAAGAGAUAUAUCGACCCGACAGUCCAAGCCAAUUUGGCUAUCGACCAAGUUCACCAGGUGGGUUUAGCACACCAACCUCGGCUACCUUUUCGACAGGACAAAAUAGUCCAAGAUGGGGUGCAUCUGUUCUUCAAUCACCAAUGUCUAGCCACUCCCGUACGCAAAGUCUAUAUAACGAUCAUCGAACUCCUGGUAGAAGACUAUCCGUACCCUCAGCUGGAAACCCAUUUCAGUCCCCCCAUGGCAAUUCGUAUGGACCAUCGGGCUUAACUCCCCUCAACUCGUCCAACGCAGGCUCCUUUUCCCCAUCCAGUAGCAUCAUGGCUAGUCCAACCACCUCAACCAGCGGCUCUGUCUGGUCGCGAAGAGACUCUGUAUCAAGUGCAUCGGAUGAGGCGUGGAGACGUAGGACCUGGCACCCUGACACUAAUACUGGGUUCACAAGUCGGUUGCAAGUCGUCACCACUCCAAAUUACUAUUCCAAUGGACCACCACCUCAACCCCAAUCGGUACUCCCGAGCAAUGCACCACCUCUACAAUCGAUGCGUCUUCCUGGUAUUGAAAGUUUCGACCCACUUCCACCGCGUCCGACGACACCGGUUCGUCGACAACCGAGUCCAAUGAUGGUUGAUGUCCAAAGCCGUGCGGCUCAAGUUCCUGUACAGCAAGAACAAUAUCAGGCUGAGAGACCAAAUAGCCAACAUUGGGAUAUGAACAUAAACCGAAAUCUGAAUCGUUUGGACAUCGCACAAGGCACGCCACCAACCGACGCUGCGAGUUCCUGGGCAUCAGAAGCGAACAGGGCCGUUCUGGCACAGGCAGAACAAGCUAGAUCUCAACCAGUUGUUCGAUUUGAAGAAUCUCCCUAUUCUGCUAGAGCUCAGCAGAGCAAUGCUUGGAACCAGCAGACCGUCAUCGCUCCACCCGUCACCCCGAAGGAAUCUAAGCGACACGGAUGGUAUCAUGGCCCAGUAACGGUCCAAAAUGGCGGCCCAGUCCAGCGAACUUCCCCGGCCGAUUCAAGCAGCUCUGAAGGUGGUGUUCCGGGAACGCCUGGCUCUCAUGUCGUGGAGGUAAAUCCCAGCAUCGUACAUGCCAGUGGCUGGGUUGAAAACCGAAAUGGGAACCAGCACAUGCCAGUGCAACCAGACAGAAUCCUACCAUCCAAUGGCUACCCACUCUAUCCUCGACAACAAGGACACGAUGGAUCCUACACGUACGCACCAAGGAAUCAACAGGGACAGCUUCAACAUCAACAUCAAGGCCCUAAAUCCCCUGAUAAUAACAUGUUAAGAUUAGAAGCACUGGUCGCCGUUGCAACCAGUGAGGAAAAUGCCGCGCAACCAAUUUACUAA